AUGGUAUCAUCAUCUUCAUCAUCAGCAAUAUCAACAGUUUUCAAUGCAACAUCAUCCAACUCAUCAUUUGAAUCAAUGGUUAGAAUGUUAGGUUAUGGUGUUGCAUCAUUAUUAGUUGCAUCUUAUCUGUGGUACAGUAAUCGUCAAAACAAUAACAAUGGCAAUAAUAAUGGUAAACAACCAACAACUGUACCAAAAGAAUAUUUUAAAUUACCAAAGUCUGUCAAUAUUCAUGUAUUGAACGAUGUUGAUGAAGCCGAUAAACUUCUUUACGAUCUUUACAAUUCGAUUUUGACAGCACUAGGUCUGCCUUUAGUGAAUAUAGAUGAAGCAAUCAUCUCCAACACUUCAGAUGAAUCUUCUACAACAUCAUCAACAUCAUCAACAACAGCAAACACUACCAACAACAAUUCAUCAUCAUCGACAUCCUCGACAUCAUCACCUGCAAUCAAAAGACUUGAUGAAACAGGUCUUUCAAUUGAAGCAACCGAUAAGGUUGUACUUGGAUUGGAUGCAGAGUGGGCACAUGAUCAUCUACCAUCUGGUGCUGGCAGUUCUCAGAAGAGUCCACGUGUCGCUCUUAUCCAAAUAUCAACGGCAACCGACGCCUAUCUCUUACAGAUGACUCAGAUGUCUCGUAUUCCAAAGUCGUUGAUUGCCAUCUUAACGGAUCCGCGUAUUCUCAAGGUCGGUGUUGCCAUCAAUCAAGACGCAACCACCAUAUUCAAGAAUUUCAAUAUUCUCACAAAGGGAUGUGUCGACUUGGUUCCACUGGCUCGCCUGACCAACUACGCAGGAAAUGGAUUGGCCAGUCUAGCUUAUUCCACGCUGAACGGUUGCAAUUUGGAUAAGAAUCAUUUGGUUCGAUGCAGCCACUGGGAACUAGCAACUCUGUCAGCGGAGCAGAUUCACUACGCUGCAUGUGACGCUUGGAUCUCACUGGCUAUCUACACACAAAUGCUACAAACCUACAGAAGAAACAGAGCGUUGUCUUGUCCUGACGAACCGACACCUUCGUCCAUGGAUUUCUGUCGUUCCUUUAUCAAUGCCAACUUCAAAAUACGUGAUUCCAAGAGUGGUGAUAGCAGCGAUAAGAAUAGCAGCGGUAAUGGACAUAGUAAAUCAGCGGGAAAGAAUAAUCAAAAGGGAAUGUCGAAAUCAUCGAUGAAUUUCGGUAGAGACGAUCGUGUACUCUAUGAUAAUUGUCCGUUGUACGGACCGGACGGUACACUGCUGUGUAACGUCAGUAAGAAGAAAGUGCAGUGGUAUCUCGAGCGUAAUCUCGGUGUUAUCACCUGUGAGAAUCCACUCUCUAUCAAAUUGACAUUCACACCGAAAGGAAACGGUCAUGCCGAUGACGCAUAUUACUUGUCGCACAAGGAGAAUCGUUGUGUUGUCUGUGGUACCACCAAGAAGAUAUUGAGACACUCCAUCGUACCACACUCCUACAGACAAUACCUACCAGUGGAGAUCAAGAGUCACUCUUCACACGACGUUGUUAUCCUCUGUUCGGAAUGUCAUUUCACAAUGAACAAACGACUUCAUUUCAUGAAACUAGUAAUUGCCGAUCAAUAUAACGUACCAUUUGAAAACACCAGUAGUGUAAUCAUUGAUAAAGAUUUAUUAAGAAUGUCUAAACAUGCAAUUGUAUUAUUUGGUCAUUAUUUCAAGGAGACUUCAAAGUUGAAAGUUGAAAUCCAAAACGAAGAAGAGGAAGAAGAGGAGAAAGAGAAAGAGAAUGGCAAUGAUGAUGAAAAUCAAGGUAAUGAAAGUGAUGAAAAGGAGAAUGAAGGUAAAAGAAGCAGCAGCAGUAAUAGUUGUAAAUCAAAGUGUAAUAGCAAUAAGAAUGGAGUGAAGAGACUACUAGCAAAGAAGAAACCUAAUAUACCAUUGGAAAAGAUCGAACACAUGAGAAAGGAGGUAUUGACUUAUCUGGGUAAGGAAGAGUUGGUUGAGGAAGAUGUCGUUCGUCUAGUACAAUCGAAUCCAAAGCAUAAGGAUGACAGCUACGUUGCUCAUGAAAAACAAGUAAUGGAUAAAGUAUUGGCAGACGGUGACGAAGGUAUCAAAAAAUUCAUCAGAGCAUGGCGUAGAAACUUUGUUGAAACCGUACAACCAAAGUUCUUAAACGAACAUUGGUGUAUUGAUAAAUAA